ACAGCUCAAAUUCAUUGUAUUGUCCAGCAACAGCAGCUUAUGCCGAUUUUGGCUUUGGAAAUAACAAAUAAAUAAUGACAACCACUUCUCUCCUUAUGCGAAGCGCACUAGGCAAACAUACUUUUGCUCCAAGAGUAAUCUCAAGCUUCAUACAAUUGCGACAUAAGAGCACAGCAUACGCCGGUGAGUUUCCCGUUUAUCUUGGCAUCCUCAACACCUUCCCAUCGCUUUUAUAAUAGAAUGCCACAAGCUCAUUCCUUUCGUUAACAACCGGCGAUCAACAAUUGACAACUCUAGCACUGCCUUAUAUUCACUUUCACCCUACAACAAAUGCACCUCGCUCCGACUUGAAGUACGCUGUAUCAUAUUUGUCUUCAGCAGACAUGGAAACGCCCAAGGGCGAACUAGUUAUCGGCUGGACGCCUAACACAGACAUUGACUUUAAGACGUUUGUGGACAACACAUCGUUUGUCGACUUUUUAACACGCGUGUUGAAAGAGAAGGUGCAUAAAGUGAACGACCCUGUGCUCAAGAGCCUUGCAGAAUGGCAGAAAGAAGGAUGGCUACAUAUCGGCGAUGAACGCAACCCACCACCAUGGGGUCGAAUCCCAUACCCUGAGGACAUCAUUGGCAGCGUGCUUGUUCAGAAGGGCGUCAUUCAACCGGAUACUUAUCAACCUAUGCCAGCCCAUCGUCUAGUUACUUCGAAUGGCAUCUUGCAAUUAUCCGAGCCUUUGACCCAGUGUGUGGUUCAGGAAGCAAAACGUGUAGCAAAACAGCAAUAAGUUUACUUCAAAUAAAACGCUUGUCUUUUAGAAUCC